AAUAAUAUCUCAACAACAUCUCUUAAAUCGUUGCUCUAUAAGAAGGGCAUCGAUCUGCCCCCCAAAAGGUAGAGCCUAUACAUAAGAUAAUGGCAGAAGAUCAUGAGGUGGUGGUAUUUGGUGUUUGGGGAAGUGCUUAUAGUCGCAGAGUAGAGACUGCUCUUAAACUGAAAGGAGUGCCUUACAAAUACAUUGAAGAAGAUUUAAGCAAAAAGAGUCCUUCGCUUCUCAAAUACAACCCCAUCCACAAGAAGAUUCCCGUCCUCGUACACAAUGGAAAGCCUAUCGUGGAGUCUCUUGUUAUUCUUGAAUACAUUGAUGAAACUUGGCAGGAGGGCUAUUCCUUACUCAUGCCCAAAGAUCCUUAUCAGAGAGCCCUUGCACGUUUCUGGGCCAAGUUCAUUGACGACAAGUGCUUUCCUGCGAUAGUGAAAGCUUGCUGGGGCGAAGAGCAAGAGCGUGAGAAGGCUGGGGAAGAAGCAGUAGAACUGCUAAAAUUAUUGGAGAAGGAGCUCCAGGAGAAAAGAUUCUUUGGAGGAGAGAAUAUAGGAAUGGUAGACAUUGCUGCAAACGUCAUAGGCUUCUCGCUUGGAGCUCAUGAAGAAGCUUCUGGGGUAAAGUUAAUGACAAGAGAGAAAUUUCCUAAACUCUGCAACUGGAGGGAUGACUUUAUGAGCAAAAGUGCUGCUAUCAAGAAAGAUGGACCUUCCGAAGAGGAAUUCAUUUCCAUUGUACGAAAUUACUAUCGUAAGAAAUAAAUAAAUAAAUAUAUAAGGCUUCCCGGCCAAUAAAAUAUGGUUUAGUAAGUGAGAAUUUUGAAAUCAAGAUUUUGAAUUUGAAGAUGUAAUAUUAUUAUUAUUU